UUAGAAGAGGAAGCAGAGCAACAAGGAGCUUUCAAUGAAGAGACCGGAGAGAUCAACUGGGAUUGUCCUUGUCUGGGCGGGAUGGCGUACGGUCCAUGUGGUGAACAGUUCAGGGCGGCUUUCAGCUGUUUCGUGUACUCGAAGGAGGACCUCAAGGGAGUGGACUGCAUCGAGCACUUCAAGACAAUGCAAAAUUGCUUCAGAGAGCACCCAGAGCUUUAUGGAUCUGAACUGGACGAGGAGGAAGUCGAUGCUCAGAUUGCAGCGGACGGACAA